CUCCAUUGGUAUCCCUGAUGCAAUGCACUUGACUGAAAAAACUCCCCGGGUGGGAUGGAGGGGUAGGGGGAUCUUCAGGGGUCCUGUUCAGAGUUGAUCCCCUUACCUUACCCCACCAAACUCAACGUGGCUUACUGGGAACCACCUAGCCUCCGGCACCACCCCCCGCCGAGCAAAGAAACCCGACAAUAAUGCGCCGAUGCUAGCCCUGUUUCCCGCUCCCGUUUUAUCCGUCGUUGUGUCGCCCGGAAUGCCUCCGGUUCCGCGCCCAAAGUUCCGAGAGACGUUUUCGCCGUUACUGACAUCCGCGUUGGGAUAUCUUGGCUGCUUUAGAGGCUUGAAGUUGAGGGGUUGACGGAGCGUGCUCUAAGCACAGUGCGGGGUGAGCUUUGAUAUCAAAUCAAGAGCUGGAGCUUGACUCAUCACAAAAGAGCCACAUGACGGUACGCCCAGGGCGCCGAGAAGGAAGGAAUUAUCACCUCGGCUUUUGGUAAUGGGAAGAAGAGCUUCCGAGAGGGGAUAAAGAGCCCCUAGCUGAGAUCCCAGAGACUGGUGGGGUGUCUCAGCGAUCGGGGGCUCAAACAUGGAUUCAUUGUUCUCAAAUCGAUCUGGGGACCGGGGCGGGCGCGGCACCUUGGGAAGUGCGGUGCCAUGGGCGUAAUAAGGGUCCAGAUGUGCCUGUUCCAAGGUGUCGAGAAAGUGGGAGUGUGGCGGUCUGAGAGUUUGUGUGGCUGGUGAACGACAAAAGAAGAUUGAUUGUGCCUUUUGGGUAUAGUUAGGCCCAGAUGGGAACCGAGAACAGGCUCUCUGACAGCAGUCUCUCGUCCGAUGCAAGUGAAAUCCCGACUGUGACCGACAUUCAGAUCUGCGAUUUGGGGUUAGGUAUUUUUACCAUUGCAGGAGGCGCCAGAAGCGCCUUGGCAGAUGGGCAGCCGGGAAAUGCACAGUCCAGAUGCGCUUGGCUAUUUCUGUAUGAGGCUGUUGGGUCCCAAAUUGCGUUGCUCGUCAGUUGA